GUCGCAUCGCUGAGCGGUGUUCAGCACGGACAGCCUGCACCGCACGACCCAGCGCAGAGCUUACCUGGCUCCGCCGAGAUAUUUCUAUUGUCCGCUAUCAGCCGAGAAGAAGUGUAGGACCGACGGAGAGCCCUGACGUCACCAUGCCAGGUAGAGAGUGAAGGAAAGGUUUGGAUCGCGAGGAGGAGGGGAGUAACACUGCGGGUGUGCUUAGGGUGGCCUCCGGUGAACACCUUUCGGGCUCGGAGCGCGCUCGGACGCACGUAUGAUGAUGGACGGCUGGCCGCCGCUACUGCUGAUGGCUCUCCUCGCCAUUGCGGGAGGCUCAAAGUGUGAUGUAAUUGUGAGAGUGAGAAGAUGCAGCACAGGAGCGAGCAGAUGCCAGAGAGACAGAAGCCUCGGGGCAGACACAGAGGAACGGUUGGUAGAGCAUCUCCUCAACCCAGCCCACUACAACAAAUUGAUCCGUCCUGCCACUAACGGCUCCGAGCUGGUUACGGUGCAGCUGAUGGUGUCGUUGGCCCAGCUCAUCAGUGUGCAUGAAAGAGAGCAGGUGAUGACCACAAACGUCUGGCUAACACAGGAGUGGCAGGACUAUCGUCUAACUUGGGUCCCUGAGGAGUUUGAUGGAAUGAUGAAGGUCAGACUGCCCUCAAAACACAUCUGGCUGCCUGACGUGGUGCUCUACAACAAUGCUGAUGGGGUGUACGAGGUGUCGUUCUAUUCUAAUGCAGUGGUCUCCCACGAUGGCAGUAUCUUCUGGUUGCCCCCAGCCAUCUAUAAGUCAGCCUGUAAGAUUGAGGUGAAGCACUUCCCCUUUGAUCAGCAGAACUGCACGCUGCGCUUCCGCUCUUGGACCUAUGAUCGCACUGAGAUCGAUCUGGUGCUGCGUGCCGACGUGGCCAGCAUGGAUGACUUCACGCCCAGCGGGGAGUGGGACAUCAUCGCCCUGCCAGGUCGGCGAAACGAGAACCCUGCUGACCCCACCUACGUGGACAUCACAUAUGAUUUCAUCAUCCGCAGGAAGCCUCUUUUUUACACCAUCAACCUCAUCAUCCCAUGUGUGCUCAUCACCUCAUUGGCCAUCCUGGUCUUCUACCUGCCGUCUGACUGCGGAGAGAAGAUGACACUCUGCAUCUCCGUGCUGCUGGCACUCACUGUGUUCCUGCUGCUGAUCUCCAAGAUUGUCCCGCCCACUUCGCUAGAUGUCCCUCUUGUGGGGAAGUACCUGAUGUUCACCAUGGUCCUGGUCACCUUCUCUAUCGUCACCAGUGUGUGUGUGCUCAAUGUGCAUCACCGCUCGCCCACCACACACACUAUGCCCCCUUGGGUUAAACUGGUAUUCCUCAACAAGCUUCCCGCCCUGCUCUUCAUGCGCCAGCCCAGGAACAGCUGUGAGCGCCAGCGGCUGCGCCAAAGACGGAGGGCCCAGGAGCAGAAGGAGGGCGGGCGCAGCGGGGAGACAGGAGCCUUGAUGGUAGGGCUUGGGCUGGGCAGCGCUGGCGGGAAUGGAGGGGGAACCUCCACAGGGGUGUUUGGCAAGGAGGACAGUGACCCUUGUACCUGCUAUGUGAACCGGGCAUCUGUUAAACAAUUUGGAGGGGAUCUUGGAGGUGCAGGAGGGGGAUCCAUGGAUGGUCUGAACAGGGUGAGGGAGAGCCGGGAGGGGAGCACUGGAAACUUGCCGCGGGGGAAGCAAGCAGCAGGAGGUCCUGCUCUGACACAAGCCCUGCUGGCUCAAGCCUGUCCAGGCUUUGAAGAGGCUGUGGAAGGAGUACGCUUCAUCGCCAACCACAUGAAGAGUGAGGAUGAUGAUCAGAGUGUGAGCGAGGACUGGAAGUACGUUGCCAUGGUGAUCGACCGCCUCUUCCUGUGGAUCUUUGUGUUUGUGUGUGUGUUUGGCACAAUGGGCAUGUUCCUGCAGCCGCUCUUCCAGAAUUACACAGCCAAGACCAUCAACAUGCCAGGCUGACCAUUCCCAGACCACAAAACACGCUGACGGACAGCUCCCCCCCCGACCAGUCAGCACAGCAGGACAAGGCCGGAGGUGGGGAGG